AUGGACAAGCCAGGACCUAGUAAAAAACGUAAGGUUAAAGAUGAAAAUCGGCAAUUUCAAGAAAUUUGGACUGUGAAAUACUUUUUUGUAUGGUCGCAUAACAAAGUCGUUUAUUUAAUUUGCAAGAGUUCUGUUGCGAUUGCAAAGGAAUAUAAUAUAAAAAGGCACUAUGAAACGCAGUAUCCUACUUUUACCAAGUUUACAGGCGAAUUAAGAAAGCAAAAAAUGUUGUCUUUAAAACGGGAGCUUAUUGGUCCGCAAGCUAUGUUUACAAAACCCAUUCAAGAUUCAGAAACAGCUACAGAAGUUAGUUAUGAAAUUUCUCGAAUGAUAGCAAAGCGAAGUCGCUCCUUCAAUGAUGGGGAUUUUGCAAAAGAAUGCAUAGAAAUUGCCGCUAAGAAAAUGUGUCCAGAAGCAGCAAAAAAGUUUGAGAAAAUUCAACUGAAUCGUAUGACUAUCCAAAGACGCAUUAUGUCUUUGUCAGGUAAUAGUGCGGAACAAUUAAAUGAAAAAACUAAGAUCAUUGAAUUUUUUUCAUUAGCACUCGACGAAUCCACUGAUAUUAGUUCCACAGCUCAACUUCUGAUAUUCAUACGAGGUGUUACUCAAGAUUUUGAAGUCUUAGAAGAGUUAUUAGGAAUGUGUUCAUUGAAAGGUCAAACCAGAGGAGUUGAUAUACUCAAUGUACUUUUGGAUGAGUGUUCAAAAACUGAUUUGGACUUAUCAAAAUUAUCGGGAGUUGCGACUGACGGUGCUCCUUCGAUGAUUGGUGUCAAUUCUGGUUACUUUGCUGAAAAAGCAUCUGCAAGAAAAAAACAUAAACGCUGA